GAGCCGAGUCCGAGCACACACCAAUGAGAGGCCCCAUUCGGCAUCCGCCCCUCCCACCCCCUCCAGAGGUCAGAAGCUUUUGCCUGUUGUACUGUGGACCGUACGGUGAGCGCGGAGGCCUCAGGUUGGCCGUGGUUGCUCCGCUUGCCCAUCCGCUGCUCAAAUGGCCCUGAGAGGCGUUUCCGGGCGGCUGCUGAGCCGUGGACCAGGCCUGAGCCUCCUGCGCGGGUGGGGCUCAGCGGCGACGCAAACUGAAAAGGGCGGGAAGACACAGGACCGAGCGGCCAAGUCCUCACGUCCUGAAUUUGACUGGAGGGACCCGCUGCUGCUGGAGGAGCAGCUGACCGCGGAUGAGAUCCUCAUCAGGGACACCUUCCGCACCUACUGCCAGGAGCGCCUCAUGCCCCGAAUCCUGCUGGCCAAUCGCAACGAAGUUUUUCACCGGGAGAUCAUCUCAGAGAUGGGGGAGCUUGGUGUGCUGGGCCCCACCAUCAAAGGGUAUGGCUGUGCUGGAGUCUCUUCUGUGGCCUAUGGGCUCCUAGCCCGAGAGCUGGAGCGGGUGGAUAGCGGCUAUAGGUCAGCAAUGAGCGUCCAGUCUUCCCUCGUCAUGCACCCCAUCUACGCCUAUGGCAGCAAGGCCCAGCAGCAGAAGUACCUGCCCCGGCUGGCCAAGGGGGAGCUCCUGGGCUGCUUCGGGCUCACAGAGCCCAACCAUGGGAGUGACCCUGGCAGCAUGGAGACCAGAGCCCGUCACAACCCAUCUAACAAGAGCUACACCCUCAACGGGACCAAGACCUGGAUCACCAAUUCACCUGUGGCCGACCUGUUUGUAGUGUGGGCUCGAUGUGAAGAUGGCCGCAUUCGGGGCUUCCUGCUGGAGAAGGGGAUGCGGGGCCUCUCAGCCCCCAAGAUUGAGGGCAAGUUCUCCCUGCGGGCGUCGUCCACAGGCAUGAUCGUCAUGGACAGUGUGGAGGUGCCGGAGGAGAAUGUGCUGCCUGACGUAUCUGGUCUGUCGGGGCCCUUUGGCUGCCUAAACAAUGCCCGGUUUGGCAUCACCUGGGGCGUGCUCGGAGCUGCCGAAUUCUGUUUGCACACAGCCCGGCAGUACACCCUGGAUAGGAUCCAGUUUGGAGCCCCACUGGCCAGGAACCAGCUGAUUCAGAAGAAGUUGGCAGACAUGCUCACUGAGAUCACGCUGGGCCUUCACGCCUGCCUGCAGCUUGGCCGCUUAAAGGACCAAGACAAGGCCACUCCGGAAAUGGUCUCCCUGCUGAAGAGGAAUAACUGUGGGAAGGCCCUGGAUAUCGCCCGCCAGGCCCGAGACAUGCUAGGGGGGAAUGGGAUUUCUGAUGAGUAUCACGUGAUCCGGCAUGUCAUGAACCUGGAGUCUGUGAACACCUAUGAAGGCACUCACGACAUUCAUGCUCUGAUCCUUGGAAGGGCAAUCACGGGGAUCCAAGCGUUCACGGCCAGCAAGUGAGCACACUUCACCCGGGAGCCCAGAUGGCCUCCGGCUCCUUCCCAGGGAAAUGCUACGCUCUGAGCUUACUCAGGGAGGUGGCAGAUGGAGCCAAUUUUUAUAGUGGGAAGUGAGAGACACUGAUUCUUAAUUAUCAAAAUUUUCCCUUUGAAGUCAUUCAAAUGUGUUCCUUAAAAAGAAGAUGGGACUCUCUGUACCAAGUUUCUCAACCCACUUUUAACCGUGGAUGGGAAUGGAUUCCACUUAUCUUGGAACAGAAGCUUCUCUUGACAGGGGAGCCGGGAGAGGGAAGGAGAGUAACAUGGAAGCAUUCUCUGUGACACUGAUCUGGUGUCUGACUGAGCAAAUCCCGCCUCCCCGCCCCCCCCACCCCCCGCCACAGCAAGAGUUCACUGUGUGCCCUCUGAUCCUCCCAUCUUGGGGGUAAGUGCCUUAUGCUGGAGGCUGGAGCAGAAUGAAAGCGAAAGAGAGAAUAAUAAAGAGUUUGCAUGUCUGA